GUUGGAAGAACAUGACGAGCAGCCAUUUUACCUCACCCAAGUCAUAUUCGUGAACGCAGUGUGUCUAGGUGCCUGUGGAAAAUUUUCUUGAGUAUCCUGAAUAAGCCCAGUGUACCUAUUGGUGGAAAUGUCUCCUAACUCGGAACCACUAAAGCUUCCCGGUCUGAAGACAGCACCAUGGGAUCCACGGUUUCCGAACCAGAACCAGACCAAAUACUGCUUCCAGAGUUACCUGGACUUCCAUCGCUGCGAAAAGAUCAAGGGUGAAGGGCACAACGUGUGUCAGUACUUUAAGGAUGUAUUCCAGGAUAUGUGUCCCAACGAAUGGGUUCAGAAAUGGGAUGAUCAACGUUCGGCGGGAACUUUCGCAGGGAAGAUUUGAAUACUAUUGAGUUGGUGCACCAAAAAAGCAUUUGAAAUAUAGAACCUUCGAUUGUUGAUACAA